CAGAGCGAGACCUGCCGUGAGGUGCCGUGGGUUUAAGAGUAGUCGUUCGUCCUCAUCCUUGAUUGCGUUUAUUCUCACCAGUGUUAUGUGUGAUGCGUCGCAGAAGUGCGCUGUUAUUAGACCGAAGAACUUUGCAGUUUAAUCAUGGGUUGCAACCACAGCAAGAAGCUCGAUGAUGAAGACUGUGUCAAGACGAGCAAGCUGAACGAAGCAUCACGUGAAGUGGGGUGCAAAGAAUUAGUCAACAAUGAAAAGGGGAAAAACUCUGAGAAAAAGCCAAAGAGAGGACGUGUCCUUGAAGGAAAGCUUAGCUUUGAUGCUGUUGUCACGGAGAAAUAUGAGAUCAAAGCGCUCAUAGGAAGAGGUUCAUUUAGUAGAGUCGUCCGUGUUGAACAUAAGGAAACAAAACAACCUUACGCGAUCAAAAUGAUAAAGGUUCGUGGUGGUAAAGACAGCUUCGAGUCCGAAGUUGCUGUUCUAAGAAAGGUGAAGCACGAUUACAUUGUUCAACUGUAUGAAGUUUUUGAGUGUCCAGAGAGGAUCUAUCUGGUUAUGGAGCUCGCAACAGGCGGUGAACUCUUGGAUCGCAUCGUUUGUCGGGGAUCUUUUACAGAACACGAUGCUACUCGAGUCCUUAUUAUGGUACUAGAGGGAGUUAGUUAUUUACACUCUCUUGGAAUAACUCAUCGUGAUUUGAAGCCGGAAAAUUUAUUGUACUAUCACCCUGGAAACGAUUCCAAAAUCAUGAUUACCGACUUCGGAUUUUCGAGCGCUUUUCAAAACUCCGACAGCGCGACAAUGGAUACAAUUUGCGGAACACCGGAGUACAUUGCACCAGAAAUACUCAAGAGGCAACCGUAUACAAAUGCAGUAGACAUGUGGGCUAUCGGGGUUAUCACGCACAUUCUUUUGAGCGGAGAAAUGCCAUUUUCAGACGAGAAUCGUACGAGGAUGUAUCAUGCAAUUUUGAAGGCAAAGUAUUCGUAUAUCAGUGAGGUGAGUAGGCUUGUGUACAUACAUGCAUGAUAGCGCUUUGUUGAUUGAUUUUAGUGGUUUGUUGAUCGCUCUCGAUUUCUCCUGAUGUGUUAUGGUAAUCAGGUUAAGCGUUUUCGCCGGUAACUAAGUUGUUCGGUUUUACGGAAACUCUUUACAAUAGUAAGGAUAACACUGUGAGAAAAUUCGUGUUUGUAACCUGCCCUACAAUGAAACGGUAACUCGAUGUAGCGGUAUCAGUUACGAUCGAUUUUCUCUGGCAAGGUUUCAAAGAUCUUUUGUCCUCUGACAGGGUUUUCUUGUUCGGAUAUUGUAAUCCGUGUAUUAGCGUAAGCAGAAAUCAUCUUGUGACGAUUGUUACCGUAGUUAUUCUUUGAAAAGCUCUUAUUAUAAAGUAAUUCUGGACAAACUUAGCGCGUUCGUGCGUCAAAUGCUAUACCAAGUUAUCUUCUUUGUUCUUACACAAUGCAAAUUCGCUUGCCGCGAUCUGUAGGACAGUGACCUCUAUAAUUAGCUUUCUUUGAAUAGAAUCACCUUCAGCGCAUAAUUGUUUUAUUGAAAAGGAAAAAAAAACAAAUUAUCUUCUAAACUUUAUUUUGUUCAAUUUUGUGUUUGAAAUCAAGCGGAAAAGAGAUCUAUUGUCUGUGCGCUUGGUGCGAAGAACAAUUGUUUCUUGGGUCUGGAACGUUCGGUUUCUUUGUUGAAUGUAAUAACUGUUUCUUUAGAGGCUCGAUCGAGGGCAACAGAGAUGAUUUCCUGUAGUUAUAAAAAUGUUACGAGCAACUUGGUAAUAAGAGAUGCCGGCACUCGUGCUUGAUUUAAACUCUCGGAAAUGUUCCUGACAUCGAAACGUGAAACAGAACGUUAUACUGUAUUUCCUGUGAUUAUGCAAGUUAUUUGGUUUCGCUGCCAGCCUUCAAUCGUAAAGCAACCGCAGCUCCAUAGUUAAGGCAUUGUUCACCUGUUGCGAAUCUGCCUUUCUCUUUUCCGUGCAGGUCGCUGAAUAGGGCGUUUGGGGUGGCCUUCAUGAUCCCUAAACAUUCCGGUCAUUUUGCGGCGAACCCUACGCUUGUUUGCGGUCUGGUGCUAUCGUCAGAAACAUUCGCUCGAAUACGGAACACUGUUUACAUUUCAGCUAUUCGAGACCAUUUUGUUGUUAUUUAUCGUAACAUUUAGACCAUUUGUGCAAGGUUUUCAAGCUAAAAGCUAUGUCAUGUAAUGUGCUUCAUAAUAUAACCAAAUUUAAGGGAUUUCCCGGUAUUAGGCAACGUGUAGUGUAAAGUCCGUUUGUUAUAUCUAAAUCGUAUUAGGAUCAAUAACUUCAGGUACGAAAUCUUUCAAAAUGAUAGAUGGGAGAUAGCAUUUUGUUAGUAUACAUUUGUUCUGGAAAAAUUAGAUUACAUUAUUCAAAUUAAACCUCCCACCUCAGAAUCAUCCAACAGUGGAUUUUAAUUCACAUUCGUCCUACUAAUGUGUUGCGAACACGUCUGAAACCAGGUAAUUGGCCCAAUAACAAGACCUAUAUUUAGCAACAAAUAUUGUUUAACUCACUAAUAGGCAUUCAGUGGAUGUAUAUCAAUAAAGUAUCUGGACACUUAACACACAAAUUAAAUUAAGUGGACUCACUAAACAUAUAUUCAUAAUUAUUUUCCCAAUGGAAACCAAUUCUUAAGUAAAAACAUGUGAGAUCUGAGUCUUCAACAAGGACCCACUGAAAUAAAUUCCUAAAAAUCCAGUGCCUUAAUUCCAAGAAUACUAAGGUUAGUUUCUGUGAUUCUUCAUAAAGAUGCACCCCUUACAAAGCAUGCAUGUGGACUCACCAUUUCCUUAUAACUCAGAGACGUCUUUUUGGGGAGGUUAUUACGAGGUCAAACAACAUCCAAACUCUCUGAAAAAAUAUUGCCCUUCUAUUCCAAAGUAAAUUUGACUUGUUACCUCUUUGAACUACCUUUUAUCAUGGGUUGAACCCAAAGGAUGCCAAGUAUUUCAGCCAUCAAAUCUGCAAAAGAAUCUGCAGGUGUGUAAACAAAGAUAUGAAAGUAUUUAGGGAGCAUAUCCUUUCUCUAAAUAUUCAUGAUCACUAUAUUCAACUUCAUAACUAAACAUGCGACUUAAGAAAGGCGCAAUUCAAUCUAUUCAUAUGAAAAUACAUAACAUUGGAAACUCAGGGUAAUGCACUCUUGGGCAUUUCAUGAGAAACUGUGACAAGCAUCCAAACUCAGCGGUGCGCAACUUGUCAAACAAACAUUUAACUAAAAUGAUGAUAACAAAAGAGGGCCAAGGCUAUUUUUAUGUGUUGUAAAAAUCACGGACAUUUGCAGAUUUCAGUGUUCCCCAACCAUUCCAGGUUCUGCGCAUAUAAGGGAAAUUUCCAGAAGGCAUCAUCGGAGAUUCAACUGAUAUUGAAUUUGGUGGGAGUGUAGCCAAGAAAUUGAGGAUUGGUUGUAAGCCAAAACUAUCACCUAUAUCCUUGACAUAUAUCUUGCUUGAAUGAUCUUGGAGCAUCUAGGAUAUGAUCAGCUUUUAGAAAUGCUCCUUAUUUCUCUAUUUCUCUAUUUGUCGCAAUCAAUCCUUAAGGACUGCAGAUGCUUCUCAUUUUGCAUUUUUGUUAGUUAGCUAGCGCUUGCUAUUGGGAGACAAUGGAAAACUAGUCAUCAAAGAAUUAAGGUUUAACAUGUUAACAUUUCAUCUUCAAGUUUGCGACAAAGAAAACUGCUAGUUAAUAUUUCCUUUGAGAUCAAUUUAUUGUUAAGAGUUUCUUACAAUAGAGUGCUUGGCUGUGUAAAAAUACAGAGUAAUUAUCCAUGUAUCACCUGUCACAUGUUCUUUGCCUUUUACUAUUGGUCUAAUAUGAAUGAGUAUGGUUUUAGGAGAAAUUGAUCUGAAAAUGUAUAGCACAGCAGAGGGGCUUUUCAGUGUUUUCCACUAAGAUUCUUAAAGAGUGUUUCAUUGGUAAGGUCAAUUGAACAGGUAACAGUUAUAUUAUUUUGACACAACCACACUAAUCAAAUAUCUAAACUGUGUUUAAGAAAGAAAGGAAAUAAGGACUGUUUCAUAAUUGAAUGACACGUGAGAGUGGCUGUGUGGUCAAAGUACAAAUCAGUAAGCUAAGCACAGUAGAUUUCCUAACCCCUUAAGAACUGAUCACAAUGUCUGUGAUAUAUUAUAAAGUUUUUAAUGAAUAAAUGCAAACCAACCUGUAGUGAGUUGAUAUAAUGCAAGCCACAAGGGCAAACCAAAACCACAAUAAAAUAUCGUAAGUAUUGUAAAGAAUUUUCUUUACAUUUUGAAGUGGGUGGAUGUUACUGAAUGUUAGAACAGUAUUGUGUUUCAAGUCUUAAUUUUUAGAUAAUACACGUUAGAUGAUAUUUGAGCACAAACUGCUCUAAAAUUGUCGUCAGAAUUAAAUGAAGUAUGAUUUUGGUCUAAUUUUGAGUUGCAAGACUGAAAAACCUCUGCUUUGUGAUGUUUAUUUUUGAAUUCUAAAUAAGAUUAGGAAAAUUGCAUCAAGAAAGGAACUUAAAAAAUCAUGAAACUUAUAUAUUUGUCAUAUGGAAGGAAUCAUUACCAGCAAUAAAAUUUAUACAGUUGUAACACACCCAGUAUAUGUGAAAACCUUAAGUCCCUUGAGGUAUGUUGCUAAAUAAAAAUUUGAAAUAUGUUGUAUCUGUCCAUGAUCAGGAGGUUAUAGACAUGAGGUGUCUUCAUGCCAAUGAUAGAUUGAGGCCAUGAGACCAAUGCUCUCUGAAAUGUUUAUCCAGUUCACGUGAUUAUCAUUUUUAACUUGGUAAAAACAGUAAGGGGCUGAAAUUUUUGAACACACCUCUAAAAGAAUAAAUACACAUAGGCAUUAAGCCUGGAAAUCUUAUUCAUGGUCUUUGUCACCAUAUAGUGGUAUUAAGCACUGCAUCUUAUUGAAUAAUCCAAUUUUAGCAUUACAUACAGGUAAAUUUUGUUCAGAUCAUGCAAAGUUUUCUCCAAAAUGAAACUGCUACAGUUCUAAGAAUGAUAUACAUGUGUGAACAGGUUGAUAGUAUUUUUUUCCUCAAAGAUUGUUGUCUAGAGGCAGUGCACAAGGAGAUUUUACAAACUCAAAUGCUAGGGCUAAUGCUUCCUGGGUCAAAGAUGAUAUAGUGACAUUGUAAAUCAAGAAAGUGUGACGGCAAAUUUUCCAGAAACAUAACUCUUAUCUUGUUUGGUGAGUGUUCCAGCUUGGAAAUCUAUUUGCCUCACAGCAACAUUCUUAUCAUUCUCAACCAAACUGUGAAAGGGCUAGGCAAUGGAACUUGAAGCUGUUCAAACAAAAUUUACUCAAGUUCCACCAUUCUGAUGGCAAUGCUAUUCACAGACAUAUUAACAAAAAAUAGAUGGUUAUUACUCCAUCCUUUACCAACAGUUUUGAUGUCUUACACUGGUAAUUUUUUAUGUUUUUUUGUUUUUGCAUGUCACCCAGCUCCUUCAACUCUAACACUCAUUUAGUUUUACUUGCAAUGUUUUCUAGCCACAAGUAUAUUUUCUAUGUUUACAGCUUGACUAAUCUUGUCAUCAAAUAUUUUACUCAUUUACAAGUUGUGAGGUCAGUCCCCCCCCCCUUAUCUACAAAUGGUACAUACAUGAAGAUUUGUCAGAAAUUUAGUAAUAAAUCCUCCAUUCACAUUGGCAAAUUAACAGCUUUUACGACCUAAUAAGUAUUCUCUUUUUUUUAACCAAAUAUAAUAAAAUUUGUACUAAGCAGACACCAGCCAGUCCUGCCUUCGUCCUCUGCCAUAUUUUCUGUAAAUAAACUAGCCAUGAGAAAAAGUGCACACUAAAAUUGAUCCCUUUUCCUGCCACCUGUGUUAAGCAGACACUGCUAUAGGUAGGGCUAAAGAUUUUAUCUUUGUUGCAAUUGCAGUUUCAGUUUAUGUUCAUGUCACGUUACUUAAAUUGUUUACAGUGCACUGGAGCCUGUUGUGUCAACAAGGCGUGCUAAACCAAAAACUUAGAUAAGGGAAACACAAACUUACUUACUCUUCUCCAACCAUGUUUGCAUCAAAUUCAUGAUAGCAAUCCAUAAAAUCAGAUUGUACACAAAGAAGAAAGUGGGCACCAAACAAGUUAUUUAAUGAAGUAUUCAAAAUGUAUGUGUAAUGCUAUAAUGGAUAAGUUGCCAAGUGAUCAUGGAACAACAAUUGGAACCUGCAUUGAGCAGACACUAGCAAGUCCCACAAUUGUCUACUUAAUACAGUUCUCAACAGGGUAAUAUCUUGGAGUAAGGUAUAUGAUUGAAAGUGGUUUUGGACAUUGACAUUUCUGUGUGUAUUUACAUUAACCUUUGGGGUGUUUUACCGCAUUUGAUUUAAAAAAAAAUGAUCGUAUUUUUCUAGGUAUGAAAAUUACAAACUAUGGAAACUGUUCUGUAACAAUUUUUCAACAAGAUUAGUUCUGAACAUAAAUUUCAAGGCAAUUUCCCAGACAAAUAAGUAGACAUGAAACAGGGUUGCCCCUCUGUGUAAAAAAAAAAAGAAAAAAAAAAAAGUGAGGGAGGUAGAGUCUUGUGAACCUACUUUCUAGUGACAUUACCUGCUAAAUCUCAAGAAUGUCACUUUUGCUUUUACCUGAGCAUGGAAUGUCUGAGAGUUAAGACAGUUCAAGCAAUUACAUUAGUUUACUUAACCCCUUAACUCCCAGGAUCUCAUUGUUAAUUCUAAUCCUCUACCUGCUACACACCUCCUCAUAAAUUAGUCAUGAGAACUUGUUGUUAGAUCAAGGUAACAACUACUACCUGAUUAGUUUGAAUAUUCUCAUUACCUGUUUGCUAGAUAAUGUAAUGAUUAUGGGAAGAAGUUUCAUGUUGAUCACUUCAGGGAGAUAAAGCGUUAAGGAUUAGAACGCCUUUUAGACAUAUCAAACUGAGGUCAUAAGAACUCGAAAUACAUCUGUUUUGGGAGCUAAAAAACGCAAGACUAGCAUUAAACAGUUAAAAGAUACUGGCUGACACAGAGGUGGUCAUUUACUCAACCCCAAAGGGAUGAGGUUAAUAAACAUCACUUUCACCAACACUGAGUUUUAAAUUUUUGUCAUGUUUAAAGCACAAAAGCUGAAUAAUUAGCAAAUGAAAGAUUCCCUUUAUUGGUGACAACAUGCUGAUGUACAAGCUGAAAUCAAACAAAGUUUAGUUCUGAAGAUGAACAAUUUCAUGUGUUCUGUUUGACCAGCACAGUUUUAUUGGUUAGCUUAACCUACAAUCUCCAUAUUCUUAAAAGCAGGAGAUCAAGGCUUUGUUUUGAAUAAGAAAAUUAUCCACACAAUUCCUGUCAUUUUAUGACAAUGAUAUUGUGGAACACUUGCUAAAUUUGCAUUUCUGAAAAAAUGACUAUUUCUUACACUGAGAAUUGGUUUAUAUUUAUUUUCUGGAGAGAAAGUCAUUGCUUAAUUCCAAGAAAAUGAAAAAAUAAUAGGUUAUCCUGUUCAUUUGCAACAGAAUGACAAUUUACCUCUCUGGUGAGCUCUGCUCUAAGAGAAAAAACUGCAAUUUCUCAAAGUGCACAAACUUGUUAUGUGUGAAAUUACGCACAAUAAGGAUGUGCAAGCAAUACUACAGAAUGCCCUUCAAUAAACUGAGAUGAGUUCUGGCCUUAGGUUGUGUUCAUAAUCUUAAAUGUAGGUAGUCUAAGAAGUGGUCAACCUGCAAUCAAUGAAAUGACUUGCUAUUUUUCUAUCUUAGGCAUGGAAGGAUGUAUCAGAACAAGCGAAGAACUUUAUUGACAAGUUACUGGUAGUAGAUCCUUGUAAACGGAUGACUGCUGAACAAGCUCUUAGAGAUCCAUGGAUUGCACUUAGUGUUGCUUCCUCAAAUUUGAAAGACCUUCAUCGUUCCUUCAGCCAAAAUUGGUUGAAAAGUAGCUCUCGGCUUAACAGUGCUAAAUCAAAUGCUUCUCAGAACUGGGUGAAAAAUGGCUCUCGAUUGAGCAGUGCAAAUUCAAAUGCAUCUCAAAAUUCUACCAGAUCUUUGCGGUCAGGUAGAUCCAAACGGAAAAAUAGCUCCACAGUUCCACAGGAGACAACUGUACAAAGUGAAGAGAUCAAACAAAGUGGAACCAAAUCGAAAGAUUUGAGGGAUUCAAAUGUUAAGCUAACAAAGCAUUCUGUAAUUAAUGAGGAUGACAGAGAAUUUUUUAACAGUACUAAUACAGAGCACGAAGGUGAAGUUGCAGUUCUAAAAGUAACUACAGAAUGGGAUAACAACUGGCAACAUGGCGUGAGACAAGGUCCUGAUUUCAAUGGUCAAACUAUUGAUUCAACUUGGAAAGUGCAAAGCAUGGCAGAUGAUUCAAAUGAGGAAAUACAGACAAAGCCAAUUCCCAUUGUGAGAAAUGGAGCACAGCUGUCACAUUUAGUAUUGAGAGAUAAUUUCUUUGAAGAGCAAACUGCUCAAGAGACAUCCCAAAACUGGUUCCAGGAUAGCAUACGUAGAACUUCUUAUGCAGGAGAAUCUCUAAGCAAAUUUCACUCAUUGUCUCCAUCAAGGAAAAACAAAGUAUUUUGCACCUAUGAUAGCAGUUAAUUACCGUACAUAUUUUUUCAGACAAAUUUUAUACUCAAAAGAUUUCACUCAAUGAAUUUUAUAAGAAACAUAGUAUUUUGCACUUGUGAAGUGCAAGUUGCUCCAUUCAUGGAAAUUGUUUACAGUUAAUUUAGUCUUAUUUCAAGAUUGCCCUCAAUUAUCAUGAUAUCAUCUUCAGUCAUCACCAAGCAAAAUUCUAACAUUUGGGUUAUGGCAACAUUAUUUUCCAUUUCCAAGCUUCUUUUGCAUACCUUAUUUAAGAUCCCAGGACAAGUGGAUUUUUUUGAGGGUAUCAACAUCUCCAUUCCACUUUGUGUGUUUGCAUCAUGUUACAUGUACCUCAGUCUUCCGUUAACCCAUAGAUGAAACAAAAUAAUAAAUCACUUAAAAUAGUGAUUGAUAAAAUUUUAUAAUUGCAUUUAAAUGUAUAUCAAAAAUUUUAUGAAGGUUGUGUCUUGUGUCCAGGUCUCUGAAGAAUAUAAUAUAUACAAGUAUAGUUACUGAAAUUACCAAGCUGCAUGAUGGAAAAAAUCUUUGUACUGUCACCAAUUCACUUUCUUUCAAUGAUCUGCCUCAUAUUCUCUGGUCUGUCAUCAGUUGUUACAAGCCAUUCCCAAACUUUCCCUAAAGAGUUAAUAACAAUUGAUAGAUUACAGUUUCCAGUAAAGCUUGAUGGGGUAUUAUUAUUAUUAUUUUAGGUAAAAAGACUAGAAAUUGCCUCAUCUAUGGAAAUCAUUUUUAACUUUUAAAAAGUCAUCCUAAUAAUUUAUGGAAGUUGUCAAAUGAAGUAGUGUAGGUCCCAGUACUGUAUUCCUAGACAAUUUCACAGCUCAGUGAUAAUCCCAGUAUUGCAGCCAAAAUGAAUUUUAGUCUUCCUUGGGUAAUUAAGACCUGGACACAUUUAUUGACUUUGAAAGUAAUAAGAUAUAUUUUCUUAUCAGAAACUUUAUACAUAUUUUUACUUUUAUAUAUUGAUCUAUUGUAAAUGCGAAUUUCAUAUAUCCUGGUUUAAGGACACACUAUAAAUAUCACUAAGUAUGCAACUAUGACCAAAUAAAAUGUAGAAGAUUUCAAGAUUUCUGGAAAUUGUGAAAUCAGAAUUACCUCAAAUUUAAUAUAAUGUCAAAGCUGGAGAUGUAAAAUAAGUAUUUGAGUUAUAGAGAUGUAUUUAUUUCAUGUACACAUGCUGUAAAUAGAAUGCAGAGUAAGAAACUCUCUGAUUUUCACUUGGAAAAUCAGUAUGCCAUGUGUACAUGUAUUUUAUACCAGAUACAUGCAUAUGAAAAUUAUGCUGGUCAUAAAUAUAUAUAUAGUGUGUGUAUAUUAUAUAUAUAUUCCAGAUGUUUCCAUAUAAGGAUGGUUUUGUUUGUUGUAGUGGUUUUAUGUGGUACUUUAAUGUUUCAAAUUAUCAUAGUGACGAUGAGUCUCUUAAUACUUAUAGGAUAUGAACUGAAUGAUCAUUCAAAUCAAACUGGAUGUAACUCCUUAAAAAAGCUGAAGUAUUUAAUUAAAACCUUAUCAAUUGAUGUACAUUUUGCCUUGUUCAUCUACACUGCAUCAUUCAUUCUCUGAACCCUUUAACUCCUAGAGGUGAUUAACAUAUAACUUCUCCCUAUAACAUCAAUACAUUGUCCAGCAAACGGAUAAUGAGAAUACCCAAACUUUAUCAAGCCAAAGUUGUUGUCUUGAUCCAACACCAAAUUCUUGUAACUAAUUAACAAGGAAAUGUGUAACAGCAAGAGGGGCAAAUUAACAAUCAGAUCCUGGGAGUUAAACAGUUAAAUAUAGAAACAAACCUCAUGUUCUGUGGUGAACUAGUAACCUGUAAGUGCAGGUAACCAUUUUUUCCAACUCCAAGAAUUUGUUAUUAGUGAUUAUCAUGUAGGUUACUGCUAAUUCAUUAUUUUAAAGAAAAUUCUGAAGUUUUCUAGAGCACAAAGCAAUAUUUUGAGAAUUCUUUUUUCCAGACAAUUAAC